CUCUUUCUCUGCAGCUCCUGGGUGCGUGUUGUGGCCGCGGCGAGGUUCCCGACGCAAUUUGGGUUCAUUUCGGCUAUCGCGAGCGUGUCAUUUCGCCAACCGGUGUCAUAGAAGACGCUCCGCCGCUGCGCCACCUCCAGGCUGUUCUCUCUUCCUUUCUGCCGCCUCUCGCUCGCUUUCGCUGUUCCCGACGCCCCUUUGUUGAGGAUGUCCGACGAAAAGGUAGUGUACCCCAAGAGCACGCUCGCGAGCAUGCUCUCGCCGACGAGCCCCGUCGUGGCGGAAGCCGUGUUCGGGAGCGCCCCCCGCCCGCGCCGACCGAGCACGCCCAGGUCUCCUCCCGCCAGCUUGUCUGCAGCGACCUCCUCCUAUGUCUCCACCCCCGUCAAGAAAGACAAGGGCCUGCCGCCUGUCCCGGCGUCAGCUCCCGCGAAGCCAAUGGCAAAGCCGUCGCGGAUCCGCGGGGCGAAGCGUCCUGACAGCCCCGACGUCGAGACGAUGAUAGCGCGCACGCCGCGCCCGCGCCGCAAGUCCUCCGCCACGUUCAACCCGCCGAUCCUGCGCUCGCGCUCAAACUCGUCCAUGGCGGUGCCGUCGAGCUGGAAGGGUUUGCCGCCGAAGGGGAAGGACAAGGACAAGGUGGCGGACGACAACGAGUCGGUUGCGUCGGACUAUGGAACGUUGUUGAAGGACGACGACAGCGAUAUGGAGAGGCAGCUGGAGGGCGACGGGAGUGAGUCGGACUCGAGCAUCGAUAUCCACACGCCAUUGCCGCAUCUCAUGUUCCGGGAUGGCCUACUUUCUCCGCGAUCGAAGCUACUUCCCGGCGGCAGUGCGCCCCUAUCCCUGUAUUCGGAAGACGGUGCAAACGUCAAAAGGGCGGACAGCGUGCUCAGCGUUGCGUCUACGGCGACGUCAACCAUGACCAAAUCUGGCGUAUAUCGCGACCCGCGCGACACCCAGCGGCGACGGAUCAGACACAAGGAUCAGACCCUACUUCGCGCCGGCAUGGGGCUGACCACUGGGCUGGGCUGGAGCGACAGCGAGGACGAAGAUGCACCAUCGAUGCUCACGCGCAAGCUCAUUUCAACGUCCAUUGCACGACAACCUCCGUCCACCUCUGUGUCGCGUGCGCCUUCGCAGCUCACCAAGUCGACGUCGGUGGGCAGCCUCUCCCAUGCGCCUCCCUCGUACUCACCUAUGCCUCGCACUGGUUCACGGGCGCUGUCUCGCUCGACUUCUGCGAGCUUCUCCAACGAACGACUAAGCAGUGUGGACACUGAGAGCGUCACCUCCGUCGAGGUCACCCCGAUCGGGAGAAGUCGCACCGAGUCGAACGCGUCCGCGAGCUCGAUGGUGUCCUCUGGUUCGCGCGACAGCAGUGGCCCUGCGCACUCUGUUGCGAGCUCGCAGGCGUCCCAGGGGCGCACCGCCGUACCACGCCCCCUCCGGCUGCCCCAGACCGCAGGCGUUCAGACCGCGGCAGCUGUGCGUUCCACCUCAGCCUCCGACUCGCACCCGCCCGUGUCGGGUGUGUCCAAGAUCGGCGGCCCACGUCCUCUUACUCGUACACGCACCCGCACGUUGUCCAACCCGGGCUCGCGCGCCCCAGUCAAUGGCUCGGUUCUUCCUCGUCCAACCGCGGCCAAGGCCGUGCCACGACGCUCGGUGUCCGCUGCGGUCAUGGCCCCCGUCCGCUCCCGGUCCAUAUCUACCAUCGGGAUGCUGGAGCGGAGCAGUGCUAUGAGCGACGAUACGAUCCUGGACUUCCCCCUGCCCCCGGCCGGCAACUCGACCCCAUCAGCGCGCGGCCUCGUACGACCAAGCCCGAGCCUGAAUACCCGGAUCGCGCACUCGGCGACCGCGUCCCCCGUCUCGCCGCCGUCCGCGACGAUGCGCGCGCUGAACACCGUUGGGACGGGCCCGCGCCCACCGCGCAUCGGCACGGGCAUGGUAUAUCGACACAGCGGGUACUCGAGCUUCUACGAGACGUCGAGGAUCUCCCGCGCCUCCGUCGCCUCCUCCGGCAAGGAAGUCGGGGUAGUCUGACCGCUCCCUCUGCCUCCGCCCUUUUAUUCCCGUCGCUAUUUGGCCUACGGCUUCAAAGCCAGCCCCGCCCACAAAACCCACGCUCGUUGUUCCGCUCACCGCUCUCCUAUCUUAGUCGCAGUCGUUAUAUUUAUUCAGCUAUCGCAUCCUGUUCAGUAUGGUAACUCGUUGGAAGGUUUCAUGUCGAUGCAUAUGUAGUAGAUACUCUGGUCGUAAACUCCGUCCGUCCCGUG